CACAUUUUAGUCCUUGACAUUUCCCGCCAAAAAACUCGAAGCAACAUGGAGCACGAGCAUGCGGCAAGUUUGACGGCUCGCGCUGUGAAGAAGGCGCUACCAGAACGCGCGAUAUUGACCAAGGAUGCCCGACAGACGUUGAACUCUGCGGCCAGCAUGUUUACACUGUAUUUGGCGUCCAUUGCACACGAUACGUCGGUGGCUAACAAACGCAGCACCAUCACAUUGAAGGACGUGCUGCAGACUCUUCGAGACGCAGACUUUGAGCACUUUAUCGAACCUGUUGAGGCGUGUCUGCAAGAGGCAAAAGCUGCUGCGAGUCGGAAGAAGAACCAGAAAAGUAUGGUUGAAGAGGAGGAAGGUGGAGAGACUACAAACGAAGUCGCAGAGCAGCUAGAUGAAGUUGCAAUUGACACGAACGAGGAGGACGGCGGUGAAGAUGAAGGCAUGAUGUCGGUUGAUGAGCCAUCGGAUGCUGAGAACGGCGGGAAUGCCGAUGAAGACACAGAGGAGAAGGGAUCACCUGAUGAAGCUAUGCAGGGUGAAGCCAAUACCGAACAGGAGCCCGACGAGACUACAAGGGAACAGAAGACACAGGACGAAGACGACUCUGCGGAGGCAAUGGAACAAUCAUAGACGCUAAGCCAACAGGAUAAGUUUAUUCCAUGGCUACAUCCUCGGUGGCUUCCACCUGC